UCCUUAUGCCUGAGCAAGCUCCUCGUGUCGAGCAGGCAGCUCUUUUACUCGGGCAUGUUAACCUGCCGCCACGCAGGAGAGACGCUACCGGCUCACCUCCCCCGCUACUGCUCCUGCUCCUGCUCCUCCUCCUCCUCCUCCUCCUCCUCACACCUCACCUCGCGACGGAAGAAGCCAACCCUAGGUUAGCUUAGCUGAGGCAGCACGUGGCCGCUGGAGACGAGGUUACCUGACGGUGUCGAUGAGCACGACACCCCACCCGCUGGAUUCGUCGGACCCGGGCGUCGGAGGCGGCGGCGGGGAGGGGAACGAGGAGGCCGCGCCGACGCUAGUGCCGAUGGGGGAAGGGGAGGCGGAGGAGGAUGGGGCGAGGAGGGUUCGGAAGCCGUACACCAUCACCAAGUCGCGCGAGAGCUGGACCGAGCCCGAGCACGACAAGUUCCUCGAGGCCCUCCAGCUAUUUGAUCGUGAUUGGAAAAAAAUCGAAGCAUUUAUUGGCUCAAAGACAGUAAUACAGAUCAGGAGCCAUGCACAGAAGUACUUUUUGAAGGUUCAAAAGAAUGGAACAGGUGAACAUUUGCCACCACCUAGGCCAAAGCGUAAGGCAGCCCAUCCAUAUCCACAUAAAGCCUCAAAAAAGGCCCCUCAAGUUGUCUUACCGCAACAAGCUUCUCAUAUAAUGGAGCAAGCCUGUACAUCUACUGUUGCUUCGGACUCAAGUGCAAACGAUGCCUUUCCUUCUUGGGAUAACGGUCCUGCUCAUCAUUUCAGUCCAAGGCAUACACAAGAUGCUACAGGUUCAGGUGCAACAAAUAAUCACUCUAGUAGCAUAGGGAGCCAAUCUGGAACUUGGCCAACUUCUGAAGCUACCGAGCAAGACAUCAUGCUUCCACCACUGCGCGCCAUGCCAGACUUUGCUCGUGUAUACCAUUUCCUAGGAAGCAUAUUUGAUCCAGAGACAAAUGGACAUUUGCAAAAGUUGAGGGAAAUGGAUCCUAUUGAUGCUGAAACGGUACUGUUUCUGAUGAAAAAUCUGUCUAUGAACUUAAGCAGCCCAAACUUUGAGGAACAUAGGAGGUUGCUAUCUUCACAUGGUUCAAGCAUGGACCAAGAUACAGGCUCUUCUCACGCUCUUCAUCUUCCAUUCAUGGUAACAAGCAAAUGAGAGAAGCUCCCUUCUGCGAGCUCCCAUGGCGUUGUGAGUCACUGUGGAGCAUGGUGGUGUGCUGGGUGUUAUCCACAUGUUGUAAUGUCACAUGUGUACAUAGCUCUUAGUAAUGCUCUAACCUUAGGCUAGUUUUGCUCAUCAUGUAGAUGGCCAGCUAGUUUAUGUGCUUGUGAUUCUUUCUCCUUUUUCCCUUAAUUUAUAUGUGAGCCUGCCACCAAGUAUGAGCCUGGUGGUGUAUAAUGGUACGUUUCCGCCUUUACCUUUUUCCUUCUCGAGGAUGAAUGGAUACUAUGCGAUGGUAUGUAGUUUUUGCUGUGUGUAUAUAUAUGCAUGAGGUUAUAUGUAGCUAUGUGUUAUGUGUAUAGGCUAACUUUUGUUGUAAUGCUUACUGCAUUACUUGGGGGGAUGCGGGAUGCCAUAUCCGGAUGUUACAAAUACUCCUCUGAAUUACCGUGUAUUGAACAGUAAAGUCAAGUGUAACAUUAAUAAAGUCCAGUUGCCCUUGCUGGCACAUGGCUGCA